CAGGUAUUACAGUUUCAAGAAAUUCUGUGACCUAGUCAGUGUUAAAGCACAUCAUUCACAAACUUUUUUCUUGUGAUAAACUUCUAAAACUAGCAUGGCUUUGAAAAAAAUACUUAAACUGUUCAAGAAAUUAUUUUUUCACUGGAAACUUUGGAAGUUUAGCAUUAUUGUUCUUGUCUUUUUGGUAUUUUUGCUUUUAUUACAAAGAGAAGUUGGCAUCGAAGAUUCUAAAGAUGAAGCAGGGAUUGAGCAUGUUGUGGGAAAGAAAAGUCAUGUAUUAGGUCUCAUGUUAAAUGCAAUGAACAAUAUCAAAGGUGCAAAACCGAAAAUGCAGAUAAAAGCACCUGUUAGGCAAACUAAGAUUCCUGGAGAGAGGCGCUGUUUGCCAGGACACUAUACAGCAGUGGAACUAAAACCCUUUCUGGAGCGACCCCUUCAGGAUCCUAAUGCUCCCGGAGCUUCUGGUAAAGCAUUUAAAACCAUCAAUUUAAGUGCAGAAGAGCAGAAAGAAAAAGAGCUUGGAGAAGAAAAGCACUGUUUUAAUGCAUUUGCGAGUGACAGGAUUUCUUUACACCGAGAUCUUGGACCAGACACUCGACCUCCUGAAUGUAUUGAACAAAAGUUUAAGCGUUGCCCACCAUUGCCAACCACAAGUAUUAUAAUAGUUUUUCAUAAUGAAGCAUGGUCCACCCUGCUCAGAACUGUUCACAGUGUGAUGUAUACCUCUCCUGCCAUACUGCUAAAGGAGAUUAUUUUGGUGGAUGAUGCCAGUGUCGAUGAAUACUUGCAUGAUAAACUAGAUGAAUAUGUGAAACAAUUUCAAAUAGUUAAAGUAGUCCGUCAAAAGGAAAGAAAAGGUCUAAUCACUGCACGGUUAUUGGGAGCUUCAGUAGCAACAGGAGAGACCCUUACCUUUCUGGAUGCUCAUUGUGAAUGCUUUUAUGGAUGGUUAGAGCCAUUAUUGGCACGAAUAGCUGAGAACUCUGUUGCUGUCGUAAGCCCUGAUAUUGCUUCUAUAGAUCUCAAUACUUUUGAAUUCGGUAAACCAUCUCCUUAUGGGCAGAACCAUAACAGAGGAAAUUUUGAUUGGAGUUUGUCAUUUGGAUGGGAGUCUCUUCCUAAACAUGAAAAUAAAAGAAGAAAAGAUGAAACUUAUCCAAUUAGGACACCCACUUUUGCAGGAGGUCUCUUUUCAAUAUCAAAAGACUAUUUUGAACGGAUUGGAAGCUAUGAUGAAGAAAUGGAAAUAUGGGGAGGUGAAAAUAUAGAAAUGUCUUUCAGAGUAUGGCAAUGUGGUGGACAGUUGGAGAUCAUGCCUUGCUCUGUUGUUGGCCAUGUCUUUCGCAGCAAGAGUCCCCAUACUUUCCCCAAAGGUACUCAAGUGAUCACACGUAAUCAAGUUCGCCUUGCAGAGGUCUGGAUGGAUGAAUAUAAGGAAAUAUUUUACCGAAGAAACACAGAGGCAGCAAAAAUUGUGAAACAAAAAGCAUUUGGAGACAUCUCAAAAAGACGUGAUUUAAGGCAGCGUCUGCAGUGUAAAAAUUUUACAUGGUAUCUAAAUAAUGUUUAUCCGGAAGCAUAUGUGCCAGACCUGAAUCCUUUGUUUUUUGGAUUUUUAAAAAAUCUAGGUAGUCGUACCUGUCUGGAUGUUGGUGAAAACAACCAUGGUGGCAAACCGCUGAUUAUGUAUUCUUGUCAUGGACUUGGAGGAAAUCAGGACUCGCACUGUCAAGGAAGAUGUUGAUGAGAAUCCUGUCAAUGGGAGACCAAGUGGCCAGGCCUGAGCCACCUUCCCUAUCACGAUUGCAGCCUUGUAGUGUGAGGUCAAAAUGGUCUACCCUAUACUGGCUAAUGCAAAUGAGUAAUAUGACUGAAUUUGUCCAAGAAGAGCUCUCUCUGAUACAUAGCCCUUGAAGGCAGCAAUGAUCUUCUGUUUCUUGUACAGUAUGACUUCCAAUAGAUGUCAGACAGUGAAUCUUUCACUGCUACUGUAAUACUAAGAAAAGUAGUAUCUCCCUCCCUGCCCGGAAACACAUAGCUCUUUAAAGCAACAGAGAAGUAUCUGGGGCGUACAUUUUACUAACUGGAGAUCCUUAAUAAUUAAAGCUCAAUAAAAGUUUAAACAUUUUAGUUAGAAAAUGGUUGUAGCAGUUACCACUUUUUAUAAAAACUUUGCUCCUAAAAGCCAGCUGGUUAAUGGCAUUAUGAAAAGUCAGAUACCUUAUGCUGAAGUCCGUUGAAGCUUUCCUAAUUAAUUUCUGGAGGAGCAGGAAAGCUCUCAAGAUUUAACAGCUGCCCUGUUAUAUUGGUAUUUCUUACAGUUUUGCAUUUCUCUUUGGAUUCUGUUUGUGGAUUAAUAUGUAAGCCUUUUCAGAUUGUGACAGUCCCUGAUGCAGGAACACUGUACUGAGAUACUGUAUUAAGAGAUCCUUUGUAUGCUUCUAUUGCCAUCCUUUUCUAAGUUAUCUUAGUGUGUACUAAAACUCUGUUUUCAAGGUUUGUGGUUUUUAUUUUUUCUCCUGCUAUACAAUAACAGUCUGAAUCCCUUUAAAUCCCUUCAGAGAAUUUUAAUACAGGUUGUACUGCUGGUGCCCAAGAGUUGUACAUAUUUGAUUACUUAACCCUUUUCUUGGCAACAUCCUGUUUUUGGAUGUUUUAUAUUCUUUGCCAGACUUUAGCAUUGUAGGCUGAAAUUCUCCGUGCUACCUGUCUUCUCAGCCCGUAUCUUUGAGAUGGGAGAGGGAAGCGGGAGAACCUAGUUUUUGGACUUGUGCAGCAAUUGUUUAUCGUUCUUCCCUUUUGGCAUAGUGAAUGAUAUUCUAGAGCUGGAAUCACGUCCAUCUCGGUAGCAUCUCAAUAUCCAAAAUUAAGGUUCGUUAAGCUAGCUUUCAACUCUUGUUUUUAGGGCUAGUAGGGAUCUUGGAGUUCAAAAGAUAAAUAAGAGCAGAUUAAGUCUUUAAAGUAAAUUAUUACGACUGAGAGCUAAGUGACUAAGCAGGGCACUCCUUUCAGUACCUGUUUCAGGCAAUGAUGCUGUGCACAGGAACUAAGACUAAGAUAGCUGUUCCUCAGUGCUAUUCCCAUUCAUGCCAAGGCAGUGAGGAGAAGGAAGCUGACCAAUUGGACAGAUAGAUGAAAGCCACUGGGAGCUAACUGAACCUGGGCUUAAUAGUCAAUGGAAGGAUUUGGUAAAGAAGGCUGACACGUGGAGCCAAAAACCAGUGACACUGGGAUAUAAUGAUAAGAAUUCUGCUAUUUGAAGGAGAAAAGGAAGAGACCAGGCUAAAGGAGGGUAGGACAAGGUAUAAAAGGACAGCUGUGUCAGUAACUACUAGAAUCCCUUUUUAGAUCUGAAUUACAGCCUAGGAUUCCUGAGUCUUAAGAGUAUUCUGCUGCCAGGAAAUAUUAGUAGAACUCACUGGCAAAAUAUGUGCUUGCAUUAUACUUUUCCAAUGGCUAGCUCACACAGAACAUCACAGCAUCCUGUUGCUAGCGUUUAUUGUUUCGUUCAAGCAGUAAAAGUUGGCAAAUGGGAAUCAGUUUGGUUCCAUGUGAUAAAAUUUGUUUUCAGUUGCUCUAAGAAAAAUCAAAAUCCCACAACAAAAAUGGAAUAAAGACUUCUAAAGUUAGGAAAAAACAAAUUUAAAUUUGUCCAUGAAACCACCUCCGCUCUUCGUUUUCUCUCCUUGUGUUAGUUAUGAUUCCUGGGGGAGCAAGCUGUGAAAUCUUGCCUCAUUAUGCCUGUGCAGCAAGUGGUUUUUUGUGUUUCACUUUAAAGUGCUGCUGACUAUAUUCAGUUGUAUGAACACUCAAAAAUGCUUUUACUUUUGUAUAUUUUUUAGAGUGUAUAUGCCAAA